AUGGAAGUGAUUAAAAAGCUAAAACAAGACGAGAUAGAAACCAGAUUCUCAGUUGAGCUUGGGCGCCGCAAGGCUCAGGCACAGUUUCAAAAGCCGCGGCCCGAGCCGGCGGCUUCGGCUUUUCAUAAUGUCAAGCCAGGCCAAAGCCGUCACCAGGCCGCCUAUGUAGGCAACACCUGCCUACAGGAAAUGUGCAUUUUCCUGAUGGACUUCUCAUGGGGAGAGACGAGGAAAGUGGCAGGGGAGGCAAAGAGAGAAGGGCAUGGUGCAGGCUCUGGCACUUUCGACGGUUCCUUGGUCCCUCUUCGCCGCUGGGAAGAUUGGGAGCGCUCGCGCUUAUGCAAACUCAAGCGUGAAGAACGGCGACGGCAUGACUUUGAUCGCAUGCAUCCAGCAGGAUACAUUUCUUCCCAAAACGACCUGCUCAGCGUGCGCAACGACACCCGCAGUCAAUACGGCGACAGAUCAGACACGCAUUCCGUCGUAUCAUCCGAGGACGAUCAUUACGGUCCGCAGAUUGGCGGAUACAAUGAGAACAAUACUCAGUUCCCCGCUCCGCCUGUUGGUCUGUUUGCGUCUGGGAACAAGGUGGUUGGCGGUGCGGAGCUGGAGGCGAUGUCGGAGAGUGGGUUUGAUGAUGAUGAGAGCCCCAGGCAACGGACACCUACGAGCGCGAUGUACGCUGCACGGUAUCAGCUUAGCGAUAACCCAUCACAGCAGCAUCUCAUGUCCUACGCGUCAUCCGACUCAGGCUCACGAACGCCCCCCGUACAAUAUCAGCCGUAUGGCACACAAAUAGAGGACCGGAGUCGCACCGGUGAUGUUAAGAGAGCCCCUUCAGUGACAAAUUCCGUAUUAUACGGGCCACCCGACCUACAUAAUAUCCCGUAUGAGACGGGCCAGCGGAUUAUGGGCCCAUGUUGUGUAUAUUCUCGAUGA